CACACACACACACACACACACACACACACACACACACACACACACACACACACACACACAUACAUACAUUACACUCUGACAGUCUCUCAUGGCGAGCAGAGGGGAUGCUGUCUCUUUUAUGGACUGACAUCAGCUCUGCCUUCCUCCAAACAGUCUUUGGCAAAUACCCAUGAACUGACUCGCGUCAAUCGGCGUGAGCCUCCACACUCUUCCUUCUACAGAGGAUAAAGAAAGCGAAACCUCACCAUGAACAGUAUGAACAGCUGCGGUUUCCUGAAUAUGGCGACGAUAGGAGAUUUCGACCCGCUCAACGCCACUAUUCCAGCUACAAAAGUUGAGAUCACAGUUUCCUGCAGAAACCUGCUCGACAGGGACACGUUUUCCAAAUCAGAUCCAAUCUGUGUGCUGUACACCCAAGGCACCGGCAACAAAGAGUGGCGAGAGUUUGGGAGGACAGAAGUCAUCGAUAACACCUUGAACCCUGACUUUGUCCGCAAAUUCAUACUGGACUACUACUUCGAGGAAAGACAAAACCUAAGAUUUGAUCUGUAUGAUGUCGACUCCAAAAGCACCAACCUCUCAAAACACGAUUUCCUGGGUCAGGCCUUCUGUACAUUGGGGGAGGUGGUGGGUUCGCUGGGCAGUCGAAUGGAGAAGCCUCUUGGGGGGAUUCCUGGGAAGAAAUGUGGGACGAUUAUUGUGAAAGCAGAAGAGCUUAGCAACUGCAGGGAGUCUGUGAUGAUGCAAUUUUGUGGCAACAAACUGGACAAAAAGGACUUCUUUGGCAAAUCCGACCCUUUCCUAGUGUUUUACCGCAGCAACGAGGAUGGAACUUUUACCAUUUGUCAUAAGACAGAGGUUGUGAAGAACACACUGAACCCUGUAUGGCAGGCCUUCAAAAUCACAGUCAGAGCCCUGUGCAAUGGUGAUUAUGACAGAACGAUCAAAGUUGAAGUGUAUGACUGGGAUCGUGAUGGCAGUCAUGACUUCAUUGGAGAAUUCAGCACAAGCUAUAGAGAACUGUCAAGAGGCCAGUCACAAUUCAACGUUUAUGAGGUCAUAAACCCCAAGAAGAAAGGAAAGAAGAAAAAAUAUCUCAACUCUGGAACAGUAACACUGCUGUCAUUUCUCAUUGAUACUGAAGUCACCUUCCUGGACUACAUCAAGGGCGGGACUCAGAUUAAUUUCACAGUGGCGAUUGAUUUCACAGCGUCUAACGGCAACCCAGCCCAGCCGACCUCCCUCCAUUACAUGAACCCAUAUCAGCUCAACACCUACGCCAUGGCACUCAAAGCAGUGGGGGAGAUCAUACAGGACUACGACAGCGACAAGAUGUUUCCUGCACUGGGCUUUGGAGCCAAACUGCCCCCUGAUGGCAGAGUAUCCCAUGAGUUUGCCCUGAAUGGAAACCCUCAGAACCCGUAUUGCAGUGGCAUUGAUGGAGUGAUGGAGGCAUAUUACCAGAGUCUCAAAUCUGUCCAGCUCUACGGUCCCACAAAUUUCUCACCUGUCAUCAACCAUGUAGCCAGAUAUGCUGCCUCAGUAAAGGAUGGCUCACAGUACUUUAUCCUGCUCAUCAUCACAGAUGGAGUGAUAUCAGAUAUGGCCCAGGCCAAGGAGUCUAUUGUUAAUGCUGCAUGUCUUCCCAUGUCAGUUAUUAUCGUUGGAGUUGGACCAGCUGAGUUUGACGCCAUGAUCGAGCUGGAUGGAGAUGAAGUCAGGAUUUCAUCAAGGGGCAGAUAUGCCGAGAGAGACAUAGUGCAGUUUGUUCCAUUCAGAGACUAUAUCGACCGAACUGGAAACCACAUCCUUAGCAUGGUCCGUCUGGCUAAAGACGUUCUGGCUGAGAUCCCAGACCAGUUCCUGUCCUACAUGAGGACCAGAGGCAUCAAACCGUUGCCUGCUCCCCCUCCAUACACACCCCCAGGACACCCGCUGCAAACUCAGAUCUGAAGAGGGCAGAGGAGUGAACCUUGACAUAUCUCAGCAUCUCUUUCUCAAUCACUCAGUGAUGUGGAGGUUCCCUCAGCUCUCAGCUUUCUCUGUCUCUUUCUCUUUGCACUAAGGGAGGCUGUAGAUGGACACCAUGGUUGGACAGGGUCCUGAGGGCAGGUUUACUUUCAUUACAGGCGAUUUCUGUCAGGGCGUCUCUCACUUUCUCUCACAGUUUCUCAAUACGUGGCUAGCUUGCUUCUGAGGGCCAUGUUAGAAUGAACCUUUCCCUUAUGAAAUGAAAGAUAAAAUAAGAAGUCAAACAAAUAAACAACAGUGUUGCGCACUGUCUCGGCGCAGCAGAGCAGCUUCCUCUUCCUCCUCAGACUGAGAAAAGGCUAACCAAUCACCAGUCCCAAACUGACUGUUGUAAAUAACUUUUGAAGUAGAUUUCUUCCGUCAUUUCUCUUCCUUUUCUCUGAGCUCUCACUCAAUGUUUACAUGUUAAUGAUUUUCUUACUGUUGAAUCAAACUUUUAUAAGCAUUAACUCUUCAACAUGAAUCUUGCUGUACGAAUUCUCGCAACAUGUUAUCUUUGCCGUGCCUGUCAGGUCGCAGUGGAAAACCACAUUUCUUGCAUGGAAAUGAUGCUCGAGCAUGCGAUGCAUGUGUUGCAACAUUCACGUUCUUUGGCCUUUUCUCUUUCUGCUCACUCAUUUUAUAUAUAUAUAUAUAUAUAUAUAUAUAUAUAUAUAUAUAUAUAUAUAUAAUUAUUUUUGCCCUUGCACAAACAUGAAAGUCAGACUUCUCAUUCUGUAUAGAGAACCUCAUAUGAGUCAACAUGCUUCAUUGCAUUUUAACCAGAGCAGCUGCUCUCAAAUAAGAGCCCAGUGGUCAAAAACACAGAUGCCAUUAUUAUUCCAAUAUUUUUGUAGUCAUAGUAUUUGUUAAGAUAUAUUAAAUGUAUGGUUUGUAAUUUUUUUCUGUUGAUUUGAUGUUGUUGUUUUUCUAGUAACAUACAAUCAUUCAUCAUAUUUUGUCAUAACCUAGUAGAGUUGCCCAAAGAUAGUGUCGAAAAAGCACAAAGCUAAUUAUGAAAUCCUCCUUAUAGGAUUUUAUUGUGAAUAUUACAGCAUUUUUUUCUUUGUGUUGAAACCAAAUGUUAACGUGCAGAAUUUUUGGCCUAAUUUACAAAAGUUUUGUUUCUAGAGAUAUUUUGGGUUCAGUUAUUUUAAAAAUGUGCUGAUAUUAUCAGGAAUUUCAUUCCAGGUGAAAUUGUUUUAUCCCAGGUGAAAUUGUUUUAUCUCCUUACCACACAAAUACAAACAAAAACCGGUAUGCCAUCUGAAACAGUAGAAAACUCUUCUGCAAAAAUAAUUUUCUUGAACAGUAUAUUUUCCAGUAAAAUAUCUAAUCCUUAAAACAAGAUUUACUUGAGAACAGUGUUGGAUAAAUUACCCAAAAAUAGUAAUCCACUAUAAAUGACUGAUUACUUCUCUAAAAUUUUAUUCAAAUUACUUUACUAUUUACUUCAUGGAAAGUAAUCACAUUACAAUUUACUUUACUCAUAUUUCACUUUCUAAAACCAUUUUUACAGAGUUUUUGUUUUUCCACACAACAAAUUCAAAAUGAAGUCUAUAUUUCCUCCUUGUUCAUUGUCGUUGUCCCCUCAGCUGUCACAGAAACACAAACACAUAUAUAUGAACAUAAUUAAUGUUUAAAAUGUAUUACACAUAAAUAAUAUUUUAGAAAUAUGUGUAAUGGUAACCCAAGUAACGUACUUAAAAGUAGUAAACAUAAUUAAAAGUCAGUAACUGUAAUAUGAUUACAAGAAUUUAAAUUGUAAUGUGUUACACUACUUUUUACUAUUUAAAAGUAAUCAGAUUACAGUAAAUAAUUACUUUGUAAUCAGAUUACACCCAACACAGAAGCCACAUUUUCCUUAAAAUAACAGUACGUUUUUGCAAAUGGGGUAUAAGAAAAAUGUAUUUAUUCAAGAGAUAUUCUCUGAAAACAGAGGAUAUACUGUAUCUUGAAUGUCUUUUUAUCUUGCACAAUUUUCCUUCUCAGUUAAAUACAUCUUGUUUAAGGGCGAUGUUUAAAUUUUUUCUGGAAGAACAAAGCAACCAUACUGAAGAUGAAACUUAUUUUACUGUGUCUGUAAUCAUUUAUUUUCUGGAAACAAAAAGUGACAAAAAUUGAAGUGAAUUAUAUUGACUCUUGGUUCAUUAUGAUUCACUUAAUUUAGUAGAGCUCUUUGGUUUUGUAAUGGGCAACAUUGAAUUGUUUCUGUUCUUCAUUAUUAUCAUCGUAAAACACGAUGAGAACAUUUGCUAUUUGUGGCAUUCUUUAGCAUAAAUAUAUAUGAGAAUCCUUUAGUAUGUAGCAACUAGAAUGGGAAAUAUGGAGGGGAAACAACAACAGCAACAAAACUCAGAAUUGAUAUUUUCCUGUCACACACUAACGUGGUGAAAUAUUUUGGAUGACAGCCUCAUGUUGAAGAGAAACAUUGCCUUUGUCUGACUGCCCUUGGGGAAUUCUUGAUUGACGUUCCUAUUUGUGCUGCUUUUUCACACAGAGCCUAUACAAUAUUUAUGAGACAUUAACACAUACAGUGCCUCAAAAGAGUGUGGACCCUUAAAGGGAUAGUUCACACAAAAAUGCAACUUCUGGCCUCAUUUGUUCACACUCAUCUUGUUCCAAACUUGUUUAUAAUUUCAUUGUAUGACAAAAGGAAAUGUUAGGGACUGACAACCUCAGUCAUCACUCACUUUCAUUGCAUCUUUUUUCCAAAUAAUGAAAAUGAAUGGGGACUGAAGCUGUCAAUUUGCCUAACGCCUUUUUUGCAUUCCACUGAAGAAAGAAAGUCAUACUGGUUUGAAACAAGAUGAGGGUAACAUUUUUUAUUAUUGUCAUUGCAUUUGAUAAAAUAUAUAAAAAAGAGGCAUUUCACAAAAAGCAGUUUGUUUAGUUUGAAUUUAUGAAAAAAAUACAUGUACUGUUCAAAAUGUGCUGAACUACACCUGUGUUUAACCUGCAGGACAACUGUGUGUUCCACUAAAAAUCAUCCACUAAAAUAAAAAAAUAAAAAAAUAACAUUAAAUUUAAUUAAAUUAAUAAUAUUAUAAUUUGUUUUUUAAAAAGUCAUUGCAAAACUGGCUCAAAAAAGUGAAUUUAGUUCUGUGAAAAGCAAAAAAAGUAAUUAAAUACUAAUUACUAUACAAUUGUAAUCAAAUUACUGACUUUACUGAAUACUUAAUUGAAAAAGUAAUCAUAUUACUAAUUUUAAGUUAAAUUCAAAAACACCACAGAAAAGCGUUUGCUUUUCUACUCAACUAAUUCAAAAUAAAUGUAUUACCUCCUUGUUCAUUGAGUUGUUUGGGAACGUGUGCCUUCAAGUGAUGUACAGUACUAUAUUAACAUUAUUCAUGUUUUAAAUGUAUGGUACAUAUAUAAUAUUAUUUUUUGUAACUGUAACCAAAGUAAUUAUAAAAGUAUAAAAAAUAUUGUUCAUUGUUACUUCAUGAUUUACUAAUGUUAACAAAUAGAACAGUAAAUGAUUAACAAAAUUUUGGAAAAAUAUCAGCACACUAUAUUUGCCUACAAAAUUUUUUUUUAAUCGUGUAAGAAAAGCCUAAAGAUAAAUUAAGUCAAAUGUGUCAAAUUGUUUGACUGGUAGUAUAUCUAGUACUCAUAAUUAGAUAGCAUUAAAAAUGAUGAUAAUAAUUUGGCUUUAUUGUUUAUUUAUGAUCUUUAUAUAUAUAUAUAUUCUGCAGUCAAUCCACAUUUUCAAAUUUUAACUUUGGCAAGUGUGAACUUUGCAGUGUGUUGAUUGAAGAAAACUGCAUGUGUGAAAAAGCAGCACUUGACAUCGCUGGUCAGAUGACAGCAGUAUGUGCUUUAGGAAUGUUUGCUCGCAACAGUUGCUGUGAUGCAUUCGCUCGCAUUCUCCCCGCAUUGCUGGUGCCACGGCAACUGCCACUUUGGCAAGCCCAUUCACCUGUGAGCAUGCACCUGUGCGUGUGUGAGUGUGCGCAAGUGAGUGUGCAUGUGUGCAUGGGCGCCAGCUCGGCAAUCAUCCUCAGUGUUUUUAAAUUUGUGUCUCGGCUCACAUGAAGUUUGUUUACUGAAGAUAUACAAAUAUAAAAUUGUAUGCUCUUCAUAUCUAAAUAUUACAUGCACUAUGUUUGCAUGUAUAGUUUUACAAGAGAUUCACCAGUUCUUUUGUUAUUGUUAAGAGUGUUUUUGAGUAAAAAAAAAAAAAAAUUGAUAACAGGAAAGUAACUGUACAAAUGGCCUUAAUCUCUCACUGAAUUCUUGGAAUUGUGCGAUGCCUUCAGAUAUGAAUUGUUAUAUAUUUUGUGUCAGUGUAUAAUUGCUUUCUAGUGUAUAUUUUCUUUACACAAAUCAUGUAUGGAAACUAAUUAUAUUGUAAUUUUUGAUAAUUAAUUAGAAAAAAGCAUGACUGGAAUUCUGAUUGUCAAGUAAAUCCAUAUGAUGAAAUUAUUAUUUCUGUAUCAAGUAAUUUUUGAAUAAA